AUGUAUUUGAAACCGCUGGCAUUCUGCAUGCCGAAGGCCAGCUGCUCCCACCAACCGCCGCGACGUCUCUAUCCAUCGAGGACGCGCUCGAGCACACAACUUCCUGUUAUUAGGACUCGAGAUGAAUGUAAACUAAUUCUGGUCAAACAAUUAUCUAAGAAUUCAAAUGCCGUCGAUGUCAACAUACGUCACGAGGACUGGGCUCCAUGGAUCUCGAGCGCAUUACAAAAGGCGGUGAACUUGCUAAGCACGUUUGGCGGCGGCCUGAUUAACGAGAACCAGAUGAAGCUGCUGAAGCAGGUAACAGCAGUCUUAGCCGACGCCAUGAUGCCGCCUGGGGCACCUCCCUCACUGCGGCUGCUGGUACGGCGUGCGCUGCGUGCCGCCGUACUUCUGACACAUUCAGCUACGUUCUUCAUCCGGAUCUGGGCGGUGCCUCCCUUGCUGGAGCCUCUAUGGAAUUCAGCGCGGCGAUCGGCCAUGCAGCUGUUUGCUUCCUGCAUGGAGCUGUUGAAGAGCGGCCAGGAGCUGCUCCACGUGGCCGGCUGGGACCCGCUGCCGCUGCCGCUGAUGCAGCAGCAGCAGCAGCAGCAGCAGCUGGGGACAGGCGGGCCGCAGCGGGGAGUGUUGCAUGGGGAUGCGAGUAGCGGCUGCGUGAGCGAUCGGGACGGGAGCGAGCGCUGA